CCCCAGUCAUGAACCCCCCGGAGGGGGCAGCGGAGGAAGGGGGAGCCGCCGACUCGGACGUGGACGCCUUUUUCCGGACAGGAUCUUUUCGGAAUGAUGGUUUGAAAGCUUCUGAUGUCCUUCCCAUCCUAAAGGAGAAAGUGGCCUUUGUGUCUGGGGGCCGUGAUAAGCGAGGCGGACCCAUCCUGACCUUCCCUGCCCGAAGCAAUCAUGACAGAAUAAGACAGGAAGACCUGCGGAAACUUGUGACGUAUUUGGCCAGCGUGCCAAGUGAGGACGUUUGCAAACGUGGCUUCACAGUCAUCAUCGACAUGCGGGGCUCCAAGUGGGACCUCAUCAAGCCCCUCCUCAAAACCCUGCAGGAAGCCUUUCCCGCCGAGAUCCAUGUGGCCCUCAUCAUCAAGCCUGAUAACUUCUGGCAGAAACAGAAGACCAACUUUGGCAGCUCCAAAUUCAUCUUUGAGACAAGCAUGGUGUCUGUGGAGGGCCUCACGAAGCUGGUGGACCCCUCCCAGCUGACAGAGGAGUUUGAUGGCUCCCUGGAUUACAACCACGAGGAAUGGAUUGAGUUGCGCCUCUCCUUGGAGGAGUUCUUCAACAGUGCGGUACACCUGCUCUCACGCCUUGAGGACCUGCAGGAGAUGCUGGCCCGGAAGGAGUUCCCUGUGGAUGUGGAGGGCUCUCGGAGGCUUAUCGAUGAGCACACACAACUUAAGAAAAAGGUGCUGAAGGCCCCUGUGGAGGAGCUGGACCGGGAGGGGCAGCGGCUGCUACAGUGUAUCCGCUGCAGCGAUGGCUUCUCAGGGCGCAACUGCAUCCCAGGGAGUGCUGACUUCCAGAGCCUUGUACCCAAGAUCACCAGCCUCCUUGACAAGCUGCAUUCCACCCGGCAACACCUGCACCAGAUGUGGCACGUGCGAAAGCUCAAGCUAGAUCAGUGCUUCCAGCUGCGGCUCUUCGAGCAGGAUGCUGAGAAGAUGUUCGACUGGAUAAGCCACAACAAGGAGUUAUUUCUUCAGAGCCACACAGAGAUCGGCGUCAGCUACCAGCAUGCCCUAGACCUCCAGACACAGCACAAUCACUUUGCUAUGAACUCCAUGAAUGCCUAUGUCAACAUCAACCGCAUCAUGUCUGUUGCUUCCCGCCUCUCAGAGGCCGGCCAUUACGCCUCCCAGCAAAUCAAGCAGAUCUCCACACAGCUAGACCAGGAGUGGAAGAGCUUUGCUGCUGCCCUGGAUGAACGCAGCACCAUCCUGGCCAUGUCUGCUGUGUUCCAUCAGAAGGCAGAGCAGUUUCUGUCAGGAGUGGAUGCCUGGUGCAAGAUGUGUAGCGAAGGUGGCCUUCCCUCUGAGAUGCAGGACCUGGAGCUGGCAAUCCACCACCACCAGUCUUUGUAUGAGCAGGUGACCCAGGCCUACACAGAGGUCAGCCAGGAUGGCAAAGCACUGCUGGAUGUCCUGCAGCGGCCCCUGAGUCCUGGGAACUCUGAGUCUCUCACAGCCACGGCCAACUACUCCAAGGCAGUACACCAGGUGCUGGAUGUGGUGCACGAGGUGCUGCACCACCAGCGGCGGCUCGAGAGCAUCUGGCAGCACCGCAAGGUGCGGCUGCACCAGCGGCUGCAGCUGUGUGUCUUCCAGCAGGACGUGCAGCAGGUGCUGGACUGGAUUGAAAACCAUGGUGAGGCCUUUCUCAGCAAGCACACUGGGGUUGGGAAGUCCUUGCAUCGAGCACGGGCCCUCCAGAAGAGGCACGAUGACUUUGAAGAAGUGGCUCAGAAUACCUACACCAAUGCGGACAAGCUCCUAGAAGCCGCCGAGCAGCUGGCUCAGACUGGGGAAUGUGAUCCGGAGGAGAUCUACAAGGCAGCCCGACACCUGGAGGUGCGCAUCCAAGACUUCGUGCGCAGGGUGGAGCAGCGGAAGCUUCUCCUGGACAUGUCAGUCUCCUUCCACACACACACCAAAGAGCUGUGGACAUGGAUGGAAGACCUGCAGAAGGAGAUGCUGGAGGAUGUCUGUGCAGACUCCGUGGAUGCGGUCCAGGAACUGAUCAAGCAGUUCCAGCAGCAGCAGACCGCCACUCUGGAUGCCACUCUCAAUGUCAUCAAGGAAGGCGAAGACCUUAUACAGCAGCUCAGGUCAGCGCCUCCCUCCCUGGGGGAGCCCACCGAGGCCAGGGACUCGGCUGUCUCCAACAACAAGACGCCGCACACUAGCUCCAUCAGCCAUAUCGAAUCUGUCCUACAGCAGCUGGACGAUGCUCAGGUGCAGAUGGAAGAGUUGUUCCAUGAGCGGAAGAUCAAGCUGGAUAUCUUCCUGCAGCUGCGCAUCUUUGAGCAGUACACCAUUGAGGUGACAGCAGAGCUGGAUGCCUGGAAUGAGGACUUGCUCCGGCAGAUGAAUGACUUCAACACAGAGGAUCUGACCCUGGCAGAGCAAAGGCUACAGCGCCACACGGAACGGAAGCUUGCCAUGAACAACAUGACCUUUGAGGUCAUCCAGCAGGGCCAGGACCUGCACCAGUAUAUCAUGGAGGUGCAAGCCUCAGGAAUCGAGCUAAUCUGUGAAAAAGACAUUGACCUGGCAGCCCAGGUGCAGGAGCUCCUGGAGUUUCUCCACGAGAAGCAGCAUGAACUGGAGCUCAAUGCGGAGCAGACCCACAAGCGGCUAGAACAGUGUCUCCAGCUGCGGCACCUUCAGGCUGAGGUCAAACAGGUUCUGGGAUGGAUCCGCAAUGGAGAGUCGAUGCUCAACGCCAGCCUGGUCAAUGCCAGCUCUUUGUCGGAGGCGGAGCAGCUGCAGCGGGAGCAUGAACAGUUCCAACUAGCCAUCGAGAAGACGCACCAGAGCGCCCUGCAGGUACAGCAGAAAGCCGAGGCCCUGCUCCAGGCCGGCCACUACGAUGCCGAUGCCAUCCGGGAAUGUGCCGAGAAGGUGGCCCUCCACUGGCAGCAGCUCAUGCUAAAGAUGGAAGACCGGCUGAAACUAGUCAAUGCCUCUGUGGCCUUUUACAAGACCUCUGAGCAGGUGUGCAGUGUUCUGGAGAGCCUAGAGCAGGAGUACCGGAGAGACGAGGACUGGUGUGGUGGGCGAGACAAGCUGGGGCCGGCGGCGGAGAUGGACCACGUCAUUCCACUCCUCAGCAAGCACCUGGAACAGAAGGAAGCCUUCCUGAAGGCCUGCACUCUGGCCCGGCGGAAUGCUGAGGUGUUUCUCAAGUACAUCCACAGGAACAACGUCAGCAUGCCCAGUGUCGCCAGCCACACCAGGGGACCUGAACAGCAAGUAAAAGCCAUCUUGAGUGAGCUCUUGCAGAGGGAGAAUCGUGUCCUGCACUUCUGGACCUUGAAGAAGCGGCGGUUAGAUCAAUGUCAGCAAUAUGUGGUGUUCGAGCGCAGUGCUAAGCAGGCAUUAGACUGGAUCCAAGAAACAGGAGAAUAUUACCUCUCAACACAUACCUCCACUGGGGAGACCACGGAGGAGACUCAGGAGCUGCUGAAAGAAUAUGGGGAGUUCAGGGUGCCUGCCAAGCAAACAAAAGAGAAGGUGAAGCUUCUGAUCCAGCUCGCAGACAGCUUUGUGGAAAAGGGCCACAUCCAUGCCACGGAGAUAAGGAAAUGGGUGACCACGGUGGACAAGCACUACCGAGACUUCUCGCUGAGGAUGGGGAAGUACCGGUACUCCCUGGAGAAAGCCCUGGGAGUCAACACGGAGGAUAACAAGGACCUAGAACUGGACAUCAUCCCAGCAAGCCUUUCAGAUCGUGAGGUUAAGCUCCGGGACGCUAACCACGAGGUCAACGAAGAGAAACGGAAGUCAGCUCGGAAGAAAGAAUUCAUUAUGGCUGAACUGCUCCAAACAGAGAAGGCGUAUGUGAGGGACUUACAUGAGUGCUUGGAGACCUACCUGUGGGAAAUGACCAGUGGUGUGGAGGAGAUACCACCUGGGAUCCUCAAUAAAGAGCACAUCAUCUUUGGCAACAUCCAGGAGAUCUACGACUUCCAUAACAACAUCUUCCUCAAAGAGCUGGAGAAGUACGAGCAGCUGCCUGAGGAUGUGGGACACUGCUUUGUCACCUGGGCAGACAAGUUUCAGAUGUAUGUCACCUACUGUAAAAACAAGCCUGAUUCCAACCAGCUGAUCCUGGAGCACGCAGGCACCUUUUUUGAUGAGAUCCAGCAGCGGCACGGCCUGGCCAACUCCAUCUCUUCCUAUCUAAUUAAGCCUGUCCAGAGGGUCACCAAGUACCAGCUGCUCCUAAAGGAACUUUUAACUUGCUGUGAAGAAGGGAAAGGGGAACUCAAGGAUGGCCUGGAGGUGAUGCUCAGUGUCCCCAAGAAAGCCAAUGAUGCCAUGCAUGUCAGCAUGCUGGAAGGGUUCGAUGAGAACUUGGAUGUACAGGGGGAGUUGAUUCUCCAGGAUGCCUUUCAAGUGUGGGACCCAAAGUCGCUGAUCCGGAAGGGGCGGGAGCGGCACCUGUUCCUCUUUGAGAUCUCCUUGGUGUUUAGCAAGGAGAUCAAAGACUCAUCAGGACACACGAAAUAUGUUUACAAGAACAAGCUACUGACCUCAGAGCUGGGGGUGACGGAGCACGUGGAAGGAGACCCCUGCAAGUUCGCCUUGUGGUCCGGGCGCACCCCGUCCUCAGACAAUAAGACAGUCCUCAAAGCUUCCAACAUCGAAACCAAGCAGGAAUGGAUCAAGAACAUUCGAGAAGUGAUUCAGGAAAGGAUCAUUCAUCUUAAAGGAGCUCUUAAGGAGCCAAUCCAACUCCCCAAAACACCAGCCAAACUGAGGAACAAUAGUAAGAGGGAUGGAGUAGAGGAUGGUGACAGCCAGGGAGAUGGGAGCAGCCAGCCAGACACCAUCUCCAUCGCCUCCAGGACCUCUCAGAACACGGUGGACAGUGACAAGCUCUCAGGUGGAUGUGAGCUGACUGUGGUCCUCCAGGACUUCAGCGCAGGCCACAGCAGCGAGCUGAGCAUCCAGGUGGGCCAGACGGUGGAGCUGCUGGAGCGACCGAGUGAGAGGCCCGGCUGGUGUCUGGUCCGUACCACCGAGCGGAGCCCCCCACAGGAAGGCCUGGUCCCCAGCAGCACCCUGUGCAUCUCACACUCUCGGAGCAGCGUGGAGAUGGACUGCUUCUUCCCUUUGGUGAAAGAUUCCUACCCUCAUUCCUCGAGUGAAAAUGGAGGCAAGUCCGAGUCUGUGGCCAAUCUUCAGUCUCAGCACUCCCUGAACUCUAUCCACAGUUCCCCGGGUCCCAAGCGCUCCACCAACACCCUUAAAAAGUGGCUAACCAGCCCCGUGCGUCGGCUCAACAGCGGGAAAGCAGACGGAAACAUCAAAAAGCAGAAAAAAGUACGCGAUGGGCGGAAGAGCUUCGACCUGGGAUCGCCUAAGCCUGGGGAUGAGACGACCCCUCAGGGAGACAGCGCUGACGAGAAGACCAAGAAGGGUUGGGGCGAAGAUGAGCCAGAUGAAGAGUCACACACACCCCUUCCUCCGCCCAUGAAGAUCUUCGACAACGACCCCACCCAGGACGAGAUGACUCUGGAAGGAGGCUCCUACCGGGGGAGCUUGAAGGACCCCGCAGGCUGCCUGAAUGAGGGGAUGACCCCUCCCACACCUCCUAGAAACCUGGAAGAAGAACAGAAAGCCAAGGCUCUAAGAGGCAGAAUGUUUGUCCUGAAUGAGCUGGUACAGACAGAGAAGGACUACGUCAAGGACCUGGGGAUUGUGGUGGAGGGCUUCAUGAAGAGAAUAGAAGAGAAGGGGGUCCCCGAGGAUAUGCGAGGAAAGGACAAGAUCGUGUUUGGAAACAUCCACCAGAUCUAUGACUGGCAUAAAGAUUUUUUCCUGGCUGAACUGGAAAAAUGUAUCCAAGAGCAAGACAGACUGGCCCAGCUCUUCAUUAAGCAUGAGCGCAAGCUGCACAUUUACGUGUGGUACUGCCAGAACAAGCCUCGUUCCGAGUACAUCGUGGCUGAAUACGAUGCCUACUUUGAGGAGGUGAAACAAGAGAUCAAUCAGAGGCUGACCCUCAGCGACUUUCUCAUCAAGCCCAUUCAAAGAAUAACAAAGUACCAGUUGCUGCUCAAGGACUUCCUGCGAUACAGUGAGAAGGCGGGUCUGGAGUGUGCAGACAUCGAGAAAGCCGUGGAGUUAAUGUGCCUUGUUCCCAAACGCUGCAAUGACAUGAUGAAUCUGGGACGCUUGCAGGGCUUUGAGGGCACCCUGACCGCCCAGGGCAAGCUUCUGCAGCAAGACACAUUUUAUGUGAUUGAGCUGGACGCUGGCAUGCAGUCCCGGACCAAGGAGAGGCGUGUGUUUCUCUUUGAACAGAUCGUCAUCUUCAGUGAGCUGCUCCGAAAGGGGUCCCUCACCCCAGGCUACAUGUUCAAAAGGAGCAUCAAGAUGAAUUACUUGGUCCUGGAGGAAAAUGUCAACAGUGACCCUUGCAAGUUCGCGCUCAUGAACAGGGAGACUUCAGAGAGGGUCAUUCUGCAGGCUGCCAAUGCGGACAUCCAGCAGGCCUGGGUGCAGGACAUCAAUCAAGUCCUAGAAACCCAGAGGGACUUCCUCAGUGCACUACAGUCACCCAUUGAGUAUCAGCGGAAGGAAAGGGGCACAGCUGUGGUCCGCUCCCAGCCCCCUCGGGUUCCACAAGCCAGCCCCAGACCCUACUCUUCUGUCCCUGUGGGCUCAGAGAAGCCCCCCAAGGGCUCCAGCUACAACCCGCCUCUGCCACCCCUGAAGAUAUCUACCUCCAAUGGCAGUCCAGGGUUCGACCACCACCAGCCUGGGGAUAAGUUUGAAGCCAGCAAGCAGAAUGACCGGGGAGGCUGCAACGGCACCUCGACCUCAUCCAUGGUUGUGAUCAAAGAUUACUAUGCACUGAAGGAGAACGAAAUCUGCGUGAGCCAAGGUGAGGUGGUCCAGGUCCUCGCCGUCAACCAGCAGAACAUGUGCCUGGUGUACCAGCCUGCCAGCGACCAUUCUCCAGCAGCAGAAGGCUGGGUCCCGGGUAGCAUCCUGGCCCCACUCACCAAAGCCACAGCGGCGGCGGCGGAGAAUAGUGACGGGAACAUCAAGAAGUCAUGUUCAUGGCAUACUCUACGCAUGAGAAAGCGGGCAGAAGUGGAGAACACGGGUAAAAAUGAAGCCACAGGGCCUCGUAAACCCAAGGAUAUUCUGGGCAACAAAGUCUCUGUUAAAGAGACGAACAGUUCCGAGGAGUCAGAAUGUGACGAUCUUGACCCUAAUACUAGUAUGGAGAUCUUAAAUCCAAAUUUCAUCCAAGAAGUGGCCCCAGAAUUCCUUGUGCCCUUGGUGGAUGUGACCUGCUUGCUUGGCGACACGGUGAUACUACAGUGCAAAGUCUGUGGGCGGCCGAAGCCCACCAUCACCUGGAAGGGUCCAGACCAGAACAUCCUGGACACAGACAACAGUUCGGCCACAUACACCAUCUCCUCCUGUGAUUCUGGAGAUAUCACCCUCAAGAUCUGCAACCUGAUGCCCCAAGACAGCGGGAUUUAUACCUGCAUAGCAACAAACGACCAUGGCGCUGCAUCCACAUCGGCUACAGUUAAGGUGCAAGGUGUCCCCGCAGCCCCCAACCGCCCCAUCGCCCAGGAGAGGAGCUGCACCUCGGUCAUCCUCCGCUGGCUGCCCCCCGUCAGCACCGGGAACUGCACGAUUUCGGGGUACACGGUGGAGUACCGCGAGGAAGGUUCCCAGGUCUGGCAGCAGUCCGUCGCUUCGACCUUGGACACUUACCUCGUCAUUGAAGACCUUAGUCCUGGAUGCCCUUAUCAGUUCCGGGUCAGUGCCAGCAACCCUUGGGGAAUCAGCCUUCCCAGUGAAGCCUCAGAGUUUGUGCGCCUUCCAGAGUAUGAUGCAGCUGCUGAUGGUGCCACCAUUUCUUGGAAGGAGAAUUUUGAUUCUGCUUAUACCGAACUGAACGAGAUUGGCAGAGGCCGUUUCUCUAUUGUAAAGAAAUGCAUUCACAAAGCUACCCGCAAAGACGUGGCUGUGAAAUUUGUGAGUAAAAAAAUGAAGAAGAAGGAGCAGGCUGCCCAUGAGGCUGCCCUGCUCCAGCACCUGCAGCACCCCCAGUACGUCACUCUCCAUGACACCUAUGAGUCCCCCACCUCCUACAUCCUGAUUUUGGAACUGAUGGAUGAUGGCCGACUCUUGGACUACCUUAUGAAUCAUGAUGAGCUGAUGGAAGAAAAAGUAGCUUUCUAUAUCCGAGACAUCAUGGAAGCUCUGCAGUACCUUCAUAACUGCAGGGUUGCACAUUUGGACAUAAAGCCCGAAAACUUGCUCAUUGACCUCCGGAUCCCAGUGCCUCGAGUGAAGCUCAUCGACUUGGAAGACGCCGUCCAGAUCUCAGGCCACUUCCACAUCCACCAUCUUCUGGGGAACCCUGAGUUCGCUGCCCCAGAAGUGAUCCAAGGCAUCCCCGUCUCCCUGGGCACAGACAUCUGGAGCAUCGGGGUUCUGACGUAUGUCAUGCUGAGUGGGGUCUCCCCCUUCUUAGAUGAGAGCAAAGAGGAGACCUGUAUCAACGUGUGCAGGGUGGAUUUCAGCUUCCCCCAUGAGUACUUCUGUGGUGUGAGCAACGCUGCCAGGGACUUCAUCAAUGUCAUCUUGCAGGAAGACUUCCGGAGGCGGCCCACAGCAGCCACAUGCCUGCAGCAUCCGUGGCUGCAGCCCCACAAUGGCAGCUACUCCAAGAUCCCCUUGGACACCUCCCGCCUGGCCUGCUUCAUAGAACGCCGCAAGCACCAGAAUGAUGUGCGGCCCAUUCCCAAUGUCAAGAGUUACAUCGUCAAUAGGGUGAACCAAGGGACCUAGCCAUCCCCAAACCCUGAGGUUUCACAUAGAAGUGCAGUGUGAACCAAAGCAAGACUGAAAGUGUCUGUAAAUAACUCUGUUCAUCAUUUCACUCCAUGUGGGUCUCUGGAUUGAGAGGUGGUUCUCUUAAACCUUGUCUGUGGUUACGCAGGGUCCCGGCGGCAGAAAAGUGACCCUAAUCCCAGGAGCAUUCCAGAAGGUCAUGCUGAAGAAGUAAAGAUGCAGAGUUGCAGAAAGUAUUUAAAAAAGAGAAGGGCAAGGCUGACAAGAAAGUAGUUGGUAUAAAACGUUAAUUGUACAUUCCAAAAUGAGUGGUUCAGUGGGCAAACCGUCCACCCACUGUGAGGAGUGUAGUAGGUGUCUGAGUCCGUUGAAAAUUUAAGCUAAAAGUUCUAUUUAACAAAGAUGUCAACUAUUCUGCUUUAGAUGGCUUAGAUAUAGUUUCUUAACAGGAUACAUAUACACAUACAGUAUAAUAGAUCCCAUUCAGGUUUCAGAGUUUUAUAAUAUAGAGGUCUAUAUGAAAUCAAUCAUAAGUAACUUUGAGUGCUCCCGUUAAAACAGUAAUUUAUUUACCGAAGCAUCGCAUUAUUUUGACUAAGCACAAUUAGAUGACGAGUUUUUUAGAGCAUUUUAUAAAUCUUGUAUAGAAAUCUUUUAUCAGAACCUGUGUAUUAAGAGAAAGCAAUGUGACCCUUUUGCAAUCUGUGAAUUAGAUUUUUCUUUGUCCUCCA